GCGGCCGUUGCCGUGAGGCGCGCGGGCCGGAGCGGCGCGGGGGCUGCGGCCGUGCGGAGCCCCGUGUGCGGGGGGGCGGGGGAGGUGUGGGCGCGAGGGGGCCCCGGGCCGAUGGCAGCCGGCACAGCCCCACGGCUGAAGCGGCUGCUUACAAAGGCAGGGCGGCCGUGUGCGCUGCGGGAGCCCGAAAUGGACUGUGAGGGGCCCAACCGGGCCAGCCCGGGCCGGCAGGCUGCAGCGCGGCCGGGUGAGGCUCAGAGCUGGCAGGCCUCUGCCCCCUCCGCUGAGGGUUCGUGCGGCGGAGCUUCUGCCCGGAGGGGCCACAUCCGGCACGGCAGGAUUCGGCUGGUUAGUGUGCGAGGCCGGGAAAGCUCGCAGGCUGGGGCUCCGGGGCAGGCGGAGGAUGUCACAGCGCGGCUGACAUCACCGGGCUGCUGGAAGCUGGGUGCUGUCACAGUGCGUUUCCGUGACGACGACGGGCCCUCCCCAAGGAGCCGAGGGGAGCUUUGCUGCUCUGUUUGUUACCCGGCGCAGCCUGUCGCGGGGGGGCUGGGCAGACAGUCUUGCCAAAGAGGCCUGUGGUCCAGCACAACUGAGAGCACAAUCCUUUUGUUUCUCCUCGAACCCUGGCCAGGCUGUGGGGAGAAAAGCAAGAGGAGAAAGAGGGCACCGGGUGUUGGUGUUCCCCCGGACUGCCACGUGGAUCGGUUCAUUCAGUGGCAUCAAGGCUGGACCUGCUUGCAGCGGCUUUGGACACCUCGCCCACGGGAUGGAUGCAUUGCUGUACAACUCCCCAGUGGCCGGGAGAGCUUCUCCAGAUGCUCAUUGCCAACGGGGCUCCCCCAGAUUGUGGCGAUCUGGGAUGCUGUGUCUGAUUACAUCCUGGAACAGAUGAAGCUGGACAAGGGAGUCCUGGUCCCGGGACUCGGGCUCUUUGCUGCGGUCCGAGAGCAAUUCCACAGCAAAGAAGUGGCGGUGUCGGUCCGAAGACCUGUCUUCCAGCUGGACAUCGGGGUGCUGUGGCUGCAGGACCUCCAGUCGCCCACCGACAUCAUCCCCGACGAUGUCAAGAUUGAGCGGCUGAACUACCGGCAGCUCUCGCGAGCCACCGGCAUCUCGCUGCACGUGGUGCAGCGCUGCGUGCGAGAGACCGUCCUCUUGUACUGUCACCUCCUGAGGAACAAGGCGCACGUCUCAUUCGCCUUCAAGAACAUCGGCGUUAUGACGUACGAGGACGACUUCCUCUGCAUGAGGUUCUUGUCCAGCUGCAUUACAACGCUGGAGAGCAAUGCCAGCCUGACUGCACUGCUCCACACUGUAAGUUUGAGGAGGUUUUGAGGGUGCGCCAUCAGAUCACCGCUGGCCAGCCUGGAUGUGGCAGGCCAGUCAAAUGCCUUUCCCCACGCUUGCCCCCUCCGCUUUCUCCACUGGCACAGAGAUUUCCUGG